GUCAUCAUCCUCCACCAAGCUGCCCUAUUGGCCCCAUCUCUUCUCCUACAUCUCUCUGCGUCAAUCGGACACCGGUCACUCUGGCUCGCUCAAUCGGCUCCCUCGAUCGGGCUUAAGCCCAAGGUAGUACGAGUCCACGUUCCAUGACAAGAUAACAUUGCUUUACCCGAGGAAAACGAAUGCACCGCCUUAUCGCGAGCGAGGAGAGGGGAAGGGUGCGGAGAGCGGCGGCGAUCGUUGUAGCACGCAUCACAACGUACGAUCCCCUGUAGAGUGGCGAGGCAAAUGGCCAAGUGCUCCGUGGCCAACGCUUCCAUCUGUUUCAGGCAGCGUCUUCUCCUCCCUUUCUCGGCCGUCUUCUCCUCCUCUCCUCUUUCCAUGGCGAUGGCGAUGACCUCUUCGUCCAUCUACUGCCGCCCCAGGUUCCCCAUCUCACCCCUGAGACGGAUGCCUCGUUUCCCCAAGUCCUCGUCUUCGUUCACUACGAUAGCUUCAUCUCAGACCUCUGGCGACGCUGGCAAAGGAGGUGAGUUCCCUGGUCGUGUUGGAUUCUUGGGUCUUGGAAUCAUGGGCUCACCUAUGGCAAUAAACCUUCUGAAGGCCGGAUGUGAUGUUACUGUUUGGAAUAGAACAAAGAGCAAGUGCAAUCACCUCAUUGACCUUGGUGCAAAAUAUGAACCUUCUCCUGCAGAAGUUGCAUCAUCUUGCGAUGUGACAUUUGCAAUGCUGGCCGAUCCUGAAAGUGCGGUUGAUGUCGCCUGUGGGACCAAUGGAGCGGUCAAAGGAAUGGGCUCUGGAAAAGGGUACGUUGAUGCAUCUACAGUUGAUGGGGCCACCUCCAAGCUGAUCAGCAAGCAUAUUAGAGAUACAGGGGCAUCAUUUUUAGAGGCUCCAGUUUCAGGCUCCAAAAAGCCUGCAGAAGAUGGGCAGUUGAUAUUUCUGACUGCAGGUGAUGCUUCCUUGUAUGAAAUAGCAUCACCACUUUUAGACAUAAUGGGAAAGUCGAGAUUUUACCUCGGCGAGGUUGGAAAUGGUGCAGCUAUGAAACUUGUUGUCAACAUGAUCAUGGGAAGCAUGAUGGCUUCCUUCUCAGAAGGGCUUCUUCUAAGUGAAAAAGUUGGUCUAGACCCAAAUGUUCUUAUUGAGGUUAUUUCACAGGGUGCCAUUAGUGCACCUAUGUUCGCCGUCAAGGGUCCUUCGAUGGUUAAAGCCACGUAUCCAACUGCUUUCCCUUUAAAACAUCAGCAGAAGGAUUUGAGGCUUGCGUUAGGAUUAGCUGAGUCUGUGACUCAGCCGAUGCCAGUUGCAGCAGCUGCAAAUGAGCUCUAUAAAGUAGCCAAAUCUUAUGGCCUUAGUGAUCAUGAUUUCUCAGCAGUUAUUGAAGCAUUGAGAGCGAAGUUGCAACAUUCAGAAUGAAGUAAGUUUACUAUCACUAUUGAAAUUACAUACCAUCGUAGAUUUAAACACAACGUAUGGAAAUUUGAUAGUGUUAAAGCUACAACUCAGGAGUAUGUUGAUUUUAUUUUCCAUCUGUAAUCAGUCUCUUUGUGUGUCGUUUUUAAAAGAAAACUUAGAGCAUUAAUAUUACAGCAAAGCAUGUCAGGGUCUA